GACCUUCUCUCCUCGUGCUCCUUUGCGUCCACGUUUAUUUUGCUUUAUUAUGUUACCAAAUCUUCCUUUACAAAUGUCAUCGCUUUCCUAUACAUUUUAUCUUCUCAUUCGAACCUUUUCUUUAAAUCACGAAAGGAAAGAACCCAUUUCUUGAAGUCCAUUGAUUUUGAGUAUAUUCGUCUCAAUUUUCAUCUUCACAAUGGAAGAAGCCAAUGUUGUUGAGGCAAAGGAUGGAACUAUUUCUGUUGCUUCUGCAUUUGCUGGCCAUCAGGAAGCUGUACAGGAUAGAGACCAUAAAUUCUUAACAAGAGCAGUGGAAGAAGCUUAUAAAGGGGUAGAGUGUGGACAUGGCGGACCAUUUGGUGCAGUAGUUGUUCGCAACGAUGAAAUUGUUGUGCGCUGUCACAACAUGGUUUUAGAAGGCAUGGACCCUACUGCACAUGCAGAGGUCACAGCAAUCAGAGAGGUGGAAUUAUUGCAGGAAGCAACCACAGCAGCAUAAACUACAAUCACACUACUUAAUGCAUUUCCUCUUUUUAAUGCAACACACCUCUCUCUCCCUCUUUUUCAAUCACUCACUCAUGCCUCUAAUUCUAUUUCUUGAUAAAUAAAGAGAAGAAAAAGGGAAUCAAUUUUUAGCUAAUUAAAUUUUUCUCCAAUGCAGUAUACUUAUAAGUCUCGAUUUUAAUUCAAUAAAGAAUAGGUAGAAUGUUACUUUUGAUCCUCUUAUAUGAAAAAAAACUAAGAUAAUUGAAGAAAAAAAUGUGUGAAGUAUGCAUAAGACUUGGCUAGAAGCCUCAUUGAAACAUAAAUUUGUAUACAUGUAUGAUGGUGUGUGACUAUGUGGAUGUGUUCCUAGUCCUCUAAUGGUGGUGGAUGAUGGAGGCCCACCGCAUGCACCAUUUCUACUCGGGAAGCAGCAAAAUGUGAAACAAUUUGGCAAGGUUGCCAACCCCAUGCACCACUUCCAAAUUCUCACCAAAAUGCCUUUUCUCUUAACGUCCUCCUUCUACUGUAUGACACCUAUUAAUUGAAAAAAUAACCAAAUCCCAGACAAGACAAGUUAGUCGCCGCAUCCAAAAUUUUAAAAACUUUCAUGGUCGCAGCAUGCAGCGAUGUUAGGUCUCUGCAGUCGCCUCAUGCAACUUUAAAAAAAUUUGCUUAAGUUUAAAAACCUACUGUUGAUCACAUUUGAUCAAUGGUCAAUCAUAUUUCGUCGCAUCCAUUUUGAAUGCGGCGUUCUGACACUUCCAAAAUUUUUUCUACGCCGAUUUGUUAUUUGCAGCAUUCACAAUUCAAAAAAAAAAAUUUUUUUGUGCAACUUUAAGAACCAACCACUGAUCAAAUUUGAUCAACGGUCAAUCAUGUCUCGCCGCAUCCAUUUUCGGAUGCUGCAUUUUGACAGACUGGAAGCAUUUU